AUGGAGGCACCACCGGAAGCAAUUUAUUCCACUCGAGAGGACCUCCUCAUGUCAGUGAGGAACUUCGCUCUAUCCCAGGGGUAUGUUGUGACAAUUCGACAUUCAACAGCCAAUAAAAAUGUCGUAUUAGGAUGUGAUAUGGGAGGGGUAUAUCAUGAUCGAGUUGGGGCCUUGGAAGGAGCAAAGCGCCGAAAAACAUCUACCCGCCGCAUCGGCUGUCCUUUCGAGUUAUACGGAUCAUAUAGCAAGGGGUACUGGCAACUGAAGGUUCGUAACCCUAUGCACACACAUGGGCUGAGUGACCUGUCGGCACAUCCCCAGGCAAGAAAGCUUUCGGACGAUCAACGAGCAGAAAUCGGACGACUAUCAAGCAUGGGUGUGAGACCACAAACUAUUGAAGCGGUACUUCGCGAAUCAGACGCAUCUGCACGUUUCAUAAGGCGAGACAUUUAUAACGCUCGUAUGGCUGAACGCCCACGGCAAUUGGGAGGACGCUCCCCAGUUGAAUACCUUGUUCAACAACUUCAACAUGAAGGUAGUUGGCUGCAUGCCAAGCAGUCUGAUGAUAUAGGACACAUCAGGUUCCUCAUGUUUGCACACCAAAAGUCUAUCGACUUUGCAAACCAGUAUAACCGAGUGUUUCUUCUGGAUUGCACGUACAAGUCCAAUCGAUACCGAAUGCCUUUACUUCACAUUGUAGGCUUUUCGCCAACCAACAAAUCCUUCUCCGUCGCAUUUUGCUUCAUGGAGAACGAGGAAGUGGAGAGCUACUGCUGGGCACUGAGCACAUUCUUCUCAUUUAUCAAGCGCCCAAACCCACCAUCCGUUUUAUGCACCGAUAGAGACUGGGCCUUACUAUCAGCAAUCGAGCAUCAGCUACCAGACUUCCCGCAUAUUCUUUGCGUGUGGCGCCUAAACAAGAACAUCCAGGCCCAUUGCAAGAAAGAGUUCGUCACAAAUGAAGAGUAUAACAAGUUUUUCUCCCUUUGGAUCAACUUGGCUAGCGCUCCGAAAGAAGAGGUGUAUAACCAAUCAAAAGAAGAUAUCCGAUUAUUCCUCAAAGAUAAGCCGCAUAUCUUCCAUUACCUGGAAAACAAUGUACUUGUUCACCGAGAAAAGUUUGUCAUUGCGUGGACAAGGAAAUGGCUUCACCUAGGAAAUGCAACGACCUCGAGGGCAGAAGGCGCACACGCUACGAUGAAGCGCUGGAUUUGCUCCUCCACAGCUGAUAUCUUGACAGUGUUUGAGAUGCUGGAGAGAAGCAUCGUUGCGCAGGUGAACGCAAUAGAUGCGGAACUCGCACAUGACCGAAUAUUGACUCCCGUCUUUGCGAGCAAAGUCCUCUUUGCCAACCUUAUUGGACAUGUUUGGAGAUACGCAAUCACGCUCCUAGUUGAGCAGUAUCAGAGAGAACAAUGGGCCUUCCCUGUUCUCAUCGGAUAG